AAUCUGAAAUGUCAGUGCGAAGCGUAGAUUUCGCUUGUGGCUUGUAAAUUGAGUGAAUGUUGUUUACAUUCAAGUAUAUCAAAUAAAUGGAUUUGUGUCAUAAUUAAGUAAAUGGUCACUCUCUAGCGAAUAGUUUCUAAUUUUAUCUACAGUAAGAAAUGUAAACGAUAUAACGAAGAAAUAUAUAAAAAUGAAGUCUUUUAAACUUAUUGUCCACCAGUCCAGUUUUAGUCCACUAGACCUUAUUAUUAACUUAAAAGACUACCCUGGACUAAAAGAAAAGGAUAUUGUUGAAAUCUAUCAUCCUGAAAAUGACUACCCAAGACUACUGUUACAAGUCACAAGAGUGGAUGCACCGGGGCGAGGACGAGACACCAUCAGUGUUGAACAGAGCAUAGCCAUAACUUUUCAAUUGCGAACCUUUGCGGAUGUAUACGUAAACAUAGUAAACGUAGCUGAUGUCGCUUUGGACUCCGUGGAGCUUACAUUCAAAGACCAGUACAUGGGAAGGUCGGAAAUGUGGAGAUUGAAAAACAGCUUGGUUAGUACCUGUGUAUACUUGAACAAGAAGAUAGAGUACUGCGGUAGCGCCAUAAGAUGCCAAGUCUACGAGAUGUGGUCUCAAGGGGACAGGGUCGCGUGUGGAGUCAUCACCGAGGAUACAAAGAUUGUAUUCAGAUCGUCCACGUCAAUGGUGUACCUGUUCAUACAAAUGUCUUCGGAAAUGUGGGACUUUGAUAUACACGGUGACUUGUAUUUCGAAAAGGCUGUGAAUGGAUUUCUUGCAGAUCUUUUCGCUAAAUGGAAGAAAAAUGGCAGCAAUCAUGAAGUGACGAUAGUUUUAUUUUCAAGGACAUUUUAUAAGGCUAAAUCGCUAGAAGAGUUCCCUCAACACAUGAAAGAAUGUUUGCAAAAAGAUUAUAGGGGCAGAUUUUAUGAAGAUUUUUAUAGGGUAGCAGUUCAAAAUGAGAGAUAUGAAGACUGGUCCAACGUUCUCCUACAACUAAGGAGACUUUUCACAGAUUAUCAGAAAAUUGUUUUACAAUAUCACGAAAGACCGAACUUGGAGAUUCCGACGGCAAUCAACUCGACAGCUGCUCAAGGAAACUUCCUUGAAGUUUUAAAUAUGAGUUUAAACGUGUUCGAGAAGCAUUACCUAGACCGGUGUUUCGACCGUACCGGCCAGCUCAGUGUCGUCAUCACACCGGGAGUGGGAGUCUUCGAAGUCGACAGGGAACUGACCAACGUCACAAAACAACGGAUCAUAGACAACGGUGUCGGGAGCGACUUAGUCUGUGUUGGCGAACAACCUCUUCACGCCGUACCUCUCCUUAAAUUCCACAACAAGGAUAACAACCUCAACUCUAUAGACGAUUACUCAAUGCCACAUUGGAUUAACUUGUCUUUUUAUUCGACAAAUAAAAAGGUCGCAUAUUCCAAUUUUAUUCCUAGGAUUAAACUGCCGCCACGAAAGAGCCAGGAGCCGUUAAGAAAAAUGUACGAAGAUGAGCGGAAAGGAAAGUUGUUGAAGGAAGACGAAUAUAUGCAUAAUUCUAUAUUUGAUUACGAUGCGUACGACGCACAGGUAUUCCAGUUGCCGCCGGCACACAGCACGUGUGUGCAGAGGGUGACUCGGACGAAAAAGACUUCUGUGGCUGGUCUCGAAGGCAUGAAUAGAAGAAGCCCGCCCUCAUCCAGUUUGCAUCACAGGAAGAUGUCGGACCCUGAUAUACAUCACACAGUUGCCGACAUCUUAGCUAAUAGUAAUAAGCAAGGAGCCUAUGACACGAACAGCGAUGCGACGGACUCUCCUCUAUCCAGCAACAGACUGUCGCCGCGCAGUUCCAUCUCCUCUCACAAACCGGUGAUUAGGACGGGCCGGGCGCUCAUCAACCCGUUCGACCCUUCCCACGUCACCGUCAAACUGACGAGCAACAGGCGGCGGUGGACUCACAUAUUUCCUAAAGGCCCUACUGGUGUUUUAAUACAACAGCAUCACUACCAAGCACGGCCGGCGGGUGAACCCGCAUCGAGGAGUGAGGACGCUCGCUGUGAGAAUAACAUCCAAAAGGAGAAUGGAUCUUCAUCAAUAAUAAAUAACAAUCAUUCUAUUUACCAGGUUGAUGGUAACGUCAUAGGCCGUAAACGUAUGAUAAGUGCGUCGGGAACGUUAGCAGUCCUGGGCGUGUCGGCGGGCGCGCCCUCCACCACCAACAACGCGUCGCUGGCGCUGCUGUGGGGCGCCACCGGCGAGCAGGAGUGGACGCCCGCGCUCACCACAGCGAACCGAGCUAUAGGUGUUGACUGGAAAUCCCUAACAAUCCCGGCGUGUUUACCGAUUACUACGGAUUACUUCCCGGAUAAGAGGUCGUUACAGAACGACUACUUAGUGUCCGACUACAAUCUACUGCCUGAUGACGUAAAUGCUGAUUUUGCACAAAAUAGAGCGAUUUAUAAAGAGCCACUUACUACGAUGGAGGUCUUCAAAGAGUUAGUCUCUCAAAGAUUGGCACAGGGAUUCCAACUAAUAGUUGGUGUAAAUGAGAAUGAAGUCAUCGAGUCACAUUGCCCGUCCACUGCUGCCCCGCCCCCCAGUAAGGUGGCCCCGCAGUGCGGCAAACCCGUCAAUGUAGCCCCAACAAAGCGAUACUUGCUCUCUAUCGGAAGGAUCUUCCAUAAACUUACCCUUGUUGGCUCAACUAUCACCGUCACGAGAUAUAGACCCAGACACCCAUACCCGCCGUUUAACAUCCACUACCGCUACCGUUUCCACGCUCCGAACCACGACACGUACGAGGUGUCCUGGGUAUCCUUCACCACGGAGAAACUCGAAACGUACAACUGGAACUACAUGGACCAUUACAUUUGUACGCGUGGUGAUACGGACUUCGCUCUCGUUGAGGCACUCAAAUAUUGGCGGUUCCGUACUCUCCUCUUGCCAUUAUACAACUCGGCAACCAAACUAAUAAUGGAUGACGACGCGACCCACUGCGACAUAUACCCGCAGCCGACGCGACACGAUCUCGACCAGCUGACAGAUGGAUUCCUCAAAAUGACAGAGCAAUACUUCAAUAAAGUCAAAAGACCCAACAAGCAGAGGAUGGCGCUGGCGGGCGCGGGCGCGGCCGACGCGGCGCUCACGCGGCGCCGACACUCCACCUCCAUCCUCACGCGCAGCGCGCAGGGCGGUGUGUCCAACUCGCCGUUCAGGGAGCGUGUGGGCAGCACGCGCCUGCCUGACCGACCGAGGCUCCGGAUUGAAGCCAUGGCCGCAGCUAAAACUGUUCUGGAAAGGACACAGUCUCAGACGGGUGAAUCGGAUGACACUUAUGACGAUGGCGUUCUAGAGCCCAAAUUAAAAGCGAACUCGACGUUGGCGGAGAUAAUUGAACGCAUGCGCAGUUCCACGUUGGGUGUCGGCUUCUUACAACAGACUGUCAGUCUACCCUCACAUACAUUCGUGUCUAUAUACGCCAUACAUUGGCUGCAAGCUAAUAUGGAGGCAGUUACUUAUGAGAAAGCUACGUCAAUUAUGGAGAAACUACAGCAAGAAAAAAUGAUCUGCCAUGCUUCAGGCGAUACAUCAAAACGUUUUGUUGUUGGUUAUUAUAUGUAUCAUAUACUUCCACAGAAAAAGGAAAAAGACAGCCAGCCCGAGUACGUGAAGCCUUUAGGUGAUCUACAAAGCUUCGAAAACGAGUGGAUGGAGGUGGAAGUGUUGGGACCGCGGUCUCCGUUGCUCUCAGCGGAGGCUAUGAUGGGGGCUAUAGACAUAUCUGGCUUCAGCCCAGUGACAGACGAGACUGGGGUACCAGCAUUCCUCUGUGACAAUAUCGACCCUAGUUAUAUGCAACUUGGGUCUGAUAGUGAUAUGCCUUUAUACAAGAACACGCAUUUAGACAUCGACAUCAACAACAAGAGCGACCGCAUCGAAUGGGGCCACGCUCGCUACCAGGCCACGUUCCGGCCAGACCAGGCCUACGAGAUGUGCAUACAGUGGGCUGUCGCCAGCGGGAAUAUCGUCGCUGAACUGAUAUUCGGAUGGGCUCGUAAAGCGCAGAGCUGUCGUCUACAAAUGGUACCGAUACCGGCGGACCCGCUGGCGUUGCCGUUCACAUUGAAAUCAGACCCCUUGCGGGGACCUAUAUACGUGCCACUCAACGAAGAGCCCCUGCUCAGAAGCAAAGCAACUUUAUUUGAAGGUUUCCCUGAAGACACGUGGCUCGAACGUUUGUUCCUCUUCCAAGAGGCGAUAGUGGGUCGCUUCGGCUUUAUAAAGUGUACGGUAGAGAGUACCUCCCACGAGGCUGGCGUCGGCGACCACCUGUACGUGCACGUCACAGGGAACAUGUUCAUACUCAUCCCCACUACUGUCAAGUCCGAACAACGAGCGCUCAGGACCAAGCCAGCUAAUAAACCCGUUAAUGCUAGCAGAUACCCAGUGCAUUCUGAAGCGGCACCCAGUCCGCAUGAGGGCUACAUAACGAGGCACGUUAGCGGGAAAAAUAAGGACGAUUAUGAUAACAGUCGGCGGAUGGGAUUCCUAUGGUCUUGGAAUCAUAUGAUAUCAAAGAAGUGGAAAUCAUCUCAAACGCCGGCGACAGGUGACGAAGGCUUCCAAAUGCGAAUGCUGAGAGACUUCAAACAUUUCUGUGCUAAUCAGGAACAGAGGCUAAGCCAAUUCUGGGAUCAUUGUUGGGAACUAAGAGACAGGGCCCAGGGAAUACAAUCUUGUUAAUCUGUUUAAGCCAAAUAUUACAUGUAAAUUAAUUAUCACUGUUUCAUUUUAUUACACGAUUUAUUUUAAUGCAA